AGAUGGCUAAGAGCUUGCGGAGUAAGUGGAAAAGGAAAAUGCGGGCUGAAAAAAGAAAAAAGAAUGCCCCCAAAGAGCUCAGCAGACUUAAAAGUAUUCUUAAAGUAGAUACUGAUGUUUUAAUGAAAGAUGUUCAAGAGAUAGCAACUGUGGUGGUACCCCAAAGUUGCCAGAUGACUGAAGGUGCAGUAGAAGAUGAAAUAAAAGAUGAUAUGAAAAUGGAGACUGAAAUUAAGAGAAACAAAAAGACUCUUCUAGACCAGCAUGGACAAUACCCCAUAUGGAUGAGCCAGAGGCAGAGGAAAAAACUGAAGGCAAAGCGAGAGAAAAAGAAAGGCAGAAGCAAAGCGAAAGCAGCUAAGGGUUUGGCCUGGUAGCCCUUUAAAAAAUUGAAGAAUGCAAUAUGGACAGUUUUUCAAUAAAUGUAUAGUACAUUGAUUUCAGUUUCUACCAAAUGUAAAGUCUUUCAUUUUAACUUGAUCUUUUUCUUCAAUUCAUAAUUUCUCACAUUUAUUUUGGAUGCUUCAAUAAAAGAUUUUCUUUGCUGAAUGAAA